UACUGAGAGAGAGAGAGAGAGAGAGAGAGAGAGAGAGAGCUUUGGUUUGGGUUGGAGGAGGUUAGUGAAGUUAGUGUCUGUGUUCGGGACUGCAGUAGCUCCGCUGGUAUUCCAGGAAUGUGUUGAUCAUGGCGGCCGCUGUGAAGCCCGUGAAGAGCGGACUGCUGGAGCUCCGCGUUACCGUCGAUCACUGGAUCCGUGUGCUCGCGACUCUCAGCGAAGACUCGUUCACCGUGAGCCCCGGAGAAACCGCCGAUGAGUCCGUCAAACCCUCCUUUCCCGCAGCUGGCGGGGCGGUUAACGGUGAUCCGGCCAAUCUCAGCGCCUCCCCGGUGCCGGACACCAUCACGAACGUCAAGAGAACAGUCCGGGUCACCAAACAAGAAGUCGGAGGGCUUGGCAUAAGUAUUAAAGGUGGUAAGGAGAAUAAUAUGCCCAUCCUCAUCUCAAAGAUCUUCAAAGGACUUUCAGCUGACCAGACGGAAGCUCUUUACGUGGGUGAUGCAAUUUUGUCAGUGAAUGGAAACGACCUCAGAGACGCUACGCACGAUGAGGCCGUUCAAGCCUUGAAGAAAACGGGCAAAGAGGUCAUUCUGGAAGUGAAGUACAUUAAGGAGAUGUCAGCGUUCUUUAAGGGCGGAUCGACAGCCGGACCUCCCGUGCUUGAUUCCCCCCCAGCAACCCCACAAAAGCAGGCAGACCCCGCGCUUAAAGAGACCAGGACACUUCCGCUCCAAAUGUGUCAAGUUACACGCAAACACUGUCCCCCUGAUACAGAGGACAGGUAUUUUGAGGUUGUGUCAUCAGACAGAAAGAAGUCUGUGUUUUUGCGGGCUAAAGAUCACGCCAUGGCUCAGGCCUGGUAUAACGCCAUACAGACAGCGAGUACAGCGUUACUGCCCAGCGCCACAGUCGAGCUAAAAGCCAUGCAGCCCAGCAUCGACGUCAAACACAUCGGCUGGAUCAUCGAACAGGGGUCAGAGCGGCCAAUACUGGCGGUAUUGACUGACAGGGAUCUGCUGCUGUACAGCUCUCUACCAAAUUGCAAAGAAAUGCUCAACAAUCCAGACAGGAGCUAUCCGUUAAUUACCACCAGGUUGGUUCACUCUGGACCUGGCAAGAGUUCAUCGCUGCAUGAUUCUGAGUUGACGUUUGGCUUGCGUUUGGGCACUAAACAGGGAGUGGAGACUCAUCUGUUCAGAGUGGACACGGCGAAAGACCUGUCUACCUGGACACACUUACUUGUGGAGGGUUGCCACAGCGCUGCAGAGCUUAUACAGGAGGUCACUACAGCAUGCAGCUGGAAUGGGAAGUCAUGCAUGUUAAGCAUACACAUAGACAAAGGCUUCUCACUCUUCACAGAAGAGGCUGGCGUAAGAAAAAACAUUCUUCUCCAGCAACCGUUCGAGCGUCUGCGCAUGUCUUCAGAUGAUGGCGUCCGUAUGAUAUUUCUCGACUUUGGAGGCCCAGAAGCAGAGAUUCAACUUGAUCUUCACUCUUGCCCGAAGACUAUCGUCUUCAUCAUUCACUCUUUCCUGUCGGCCAAGGUCAAGAGGCUAGGCCUGUUGGCAUGAUGACCAGCACUCGGAGACACCGCCACAGGUCAGACGCCAAUGACGACAGGAGUGAAGGGUUCAGUGGACCACUGAACAUCAAGCCAAACUUUCACCAUAGACUUCCACGGGUCAGAGUUCAACCACUGAUGGCCAAAACAAGCUAGCAAAAACAAAAAAAAACAAAAAACUAAAGCCAUUCAAUGAAAUGUUUAUGUCUAUUUUUCCUCAUAGUUCUGGCCUUUUAUUGUUUGUGUUUGUAUUUCGCCUUUGGACAGAAACAAAACAAGAUAUUAGCUCAGCUCCAAAACCUAAUAAGCUGCCUUGCUGUCUACUGUCUACAUAGGCAGCUGCCUUCUAAGACCCCAAAAAUACUCAGCAGAAGUAUGUGAACACAAAUACUUCUUGCUACGCAAGCUUGAUUUCAUGCGCUGUUCCAUUCUGAACUGUAAACUGUACAAAUGUAAACUUUACAUUCUUUUGGGACAGUCUUCACAUCGAGAGCAUGCCUGUAAUGCCUUAAAAUGCUGUCUAGGUAGGCGGCUCAUUAAGUUUUGGAACAGAGCUAUAAUUUCCUUUAUUGUUGUUGAUAUUAUUCCUGUUUUGUGAGUCUGUGAAAACAAAAGCUGCUUUUAUAAUGAAAAGGGCUUUAACGUUCGGCAGCUGAAAGCGGUUGUGGAAAUUAAAAAUGUCUAUAAGAAUCACUAAUGCAAACAUUCACCUUUAAAUGACAAGUAUUAAGGGAAAAGCCCUUAAAGUACUUAAUGGUUAUUUCUCAUUUGACUUUUUGGGACUUUAAAAUAAUACUUUUAAGACAUAGACAUAAAAGUCCUCCAGAGUUUCAACCAUGAAUCUAUAGAUCUCUUUAGCUGCAAAAAUAAAAUCAAAAUAUGAACAUGAUGAACAGACCAAACCUAUAUAAAAAGUACUUUAUGAUUACCAUAUUCAUAAACUAUGGUAUUUAUAUGGUAUUCCCAAGUAUUUCAAAGAAUGUGGUACUACCAUUAUAGAUUUGUCCGAGGAAAAACAUGGCAAUAACAUUUUUUGCGUCAGUGUUUUUCAAGUCAAAAACUUGACGAAAACUGCAGUUAAAGCUUGGAAACUUGUCAUUCAAUCUAUGAGUUGAAUUCAUUUUAAACAACAGAAAGUUACACUGACCUCUGUUGGCAAAAAUGAACAAUACUACAGGCCUUUUCAUAUUUAUACCAUGCUAAAAACAUAUUAUUUUCUUUGUUUUUCUUCAAACUGUUGGAAAUGCUUUGUGGAUCAUAUUUCUUUGCAAACAGCUGCAUUUCAAAUUGAUGUUUUCCUAUUUUAAAAUAUUCUUUGAGUUCUGGCAUCUGUUUUUUUGGUCCUAAUAACAUUGAGAUGGUAAAAUGCAAAUGUCUUCUGCUCAAAGAGGUACUUUUAAACGAAAUGUCCCAGCUUGGAAAAUAUCCUUGUAGUGGCCUUUUUUUAAACUCUGCUAAAUUUUAAUAUAUAAUUCAAACUAAACUAUAUUCAAACUAUGUUAGCUAUCAAAAGGAAAAUCAUAUUAUAUCCUUAUUUAAACAAAAGAGUGCCUUUUAGGGUUGUUUGUAUAUAAAAUUGCAAUAAAUGUAACUGUUGACCUAU